GCAAAACUGCACACUGACUGACGGCUCUUCAAACACACACACACAUGAUGGGAGGCACGACAAGCCGUGAAGCCGAAGAAGCCGGUUAUGCUGUUGACGGACCUUCGAUUGGGGUGCCGAUUAGCUUUGAUGGCAUAACGUCGUUGAUCGAUGCGAGCGCGACAGGAGACCUGGAGUGCGUCGAGACGCUGGUGGCAGAGUUCGCUCCAGCAAACCGACAUGUGGACGACGAGAAGGACAGCGAAUGCGACGGUACUGCGCUGUACUGGGCUAGUCGCAACGGCCACGAGGCGGUUGUACGGUUUCUUCUUGAGAAGGGAGCGCACGUCAACAACACUGACAAAGAAGGCUUCACACCGCUGUGGAUUGCAGGCUUCUAUGGUCACGAGGCAGUUGCGCGGUUCCUUGUGGAGAAGGGCGCCGACGUCAACCAGGCAGACAACGAUGGUUGGACACCGCUGUGGAUUGCGAGUCAGAACGGUCACGAGGCAGUUGCACGAUUACUUGUUGAGAAGGGAGCCGAUGUCAACCAGGCACACAAGAACGGCUUCACACCGCUGUACGUUGCGAGUCAGAAAGGCCACGAGGCGGUUGCGCGGUUCCUUGUUGAGAAGGGAGCCGACGUCAACCAGGCAGACAAAGAAUUUGGUUGGACGCCGCUGUGGAUUGCGGGCCGCAACGGACAUGGGGCGGUUGCGCGGUUCCUUGUUGAGAAGGGAGCCGACGUCAAUCGGCCGACGAACAAUGGGUGGACCCCACUGCACGUCGCCAGCUUCAAAAAUCACCCCGAUGUCGUCCGCUGUCUUCUCCACUCCGGCGCUGAUCCAACCGUCAAGCACCCCGGCACCGGCAUGACGCCGCUGGAUUUGGCACGCGAUGAAGGACACGACGCCGUCGUUGCCAUUCUAUCUGAUCCACAGGCUGCGAUGGAACCUCCUGCCGACCCAGCAGCUCCAGCCCACGACGGUCCUGCUGAUGCUCAACAGGAGCGCAAAGCCGAGGUGAUGGCGGCGAUGCACCAGAUUGCACAACAUUCAGACACGCAGAUGGCAGGGCGUGCCAAGCUGAUGCUGGUUGGCGAGGGGCGUGCUGGCAAGACCACCACCCUGCACUCCCUCAUGGGAGAUGAGUUCAACAAGGACGAGCCGUCUACGUUUGGCGCCGACAGCAUGGAUCUGUCUGUCAUCGUCGAAUCCAUUGACGUCUUCAACUGGCAGCACCUUGCGGGCGGUCUGAGCGAGUACAUGCGCACUCUGCUGGGCACUGCGCUUGCACGGACUUCGGGGAUGGAUGCAGCAAUGAAGGAGGUGAUGACAGCGGCGAUGGAGGCGCAUCAACAACGAAUCACACAACAGCAGCAACUGGUGGUGGGUGAAGACAUUGAUGCUGAAGACACCAACGAGAGCACACAGCACUUUUCACAGUCAUCCGUGCCAAAGAAGACACAGCCAACAUCCACCUCCACGCAGGGUGACGAGCACCACUUCUCGUCAUCGUCAUCUCCCAAGCCGAAGCAGUCUCAACAACAGCAGCAGCAGCACAGCGCAUCAGUUACAACAUCCGCUAACGGUCCUCGCCCCAGUGUCUCCGCUGAGGCCAUGGAGAAAGCAAUCAAGGAGUUCAACGUCGACGCUGUCAUGGGCGAGGGCAAAUCGCGAGUCACUUUCAAGGUGUUUGACCUGGGCGGCCAGUCCACCUUCUAUCUCUUCCACCCUUUCUUCCUCACCAAGUACGCGGUGUACCUGCUGGUGUUCUCGAUGGAGGACCUGCUGCACCAAGACGAGAGCAAGCGAGAUGAGGCGUGGGAGUUUAUGGAGCACUGGCUCUCCUCCCUCCACCUCCACGCCAAGGGCGCACCCGUCCUCAUCAUCGGCACUUUCGCUGAUGUGGUCAGCAAGCGUAAGCAGCACGAGAAUAUUUCACGCGACAUCCACAGCCGCCUGCGGCACAACCCGGCCUUUCCUGGCGUCGUCCACAACGACAAGCAUGGUCUGUGGUUCUGGCCCGUUGACAACACCCAGUCCAUCAAUGACACCAUGAUCCAGGACCUGCGCCAAACCAUCUCCUCCACAGCCCUGGCCCAGGAGUACGUAAGCCAGGAGGUGGCUGUGCCCUACCUCCACCUCUACGACAAACUCCACGCCAUCGCCCGCGACGAGAAGCGACCGCUGCUCACCUUUGACGACGUCGUGGAUAUUGCGCGCACGUGUGGGCUGCGCACACGCCAGGAGACAAAAGCCUGCCUGCAGUUCCUGCACCUGUACUCGAUGGUGCUGUACUACGACCACGUGCCAGGCAUGGAAAACUAUGUGAUCCUGAGUCCGCAGUGGGCCGUGGACACGAUGACGCGCGUCAUCCGCAACUUUGACUUGCACCGUGACGAACGUGAUUGGGAGGCGAGGGCCGUUGGUGCGCAGCUGUGGGACGACUUAGUUGAUCGCGGCAUCCUGCACCGUCGUCUGCUGGAGGUGCUGUGGAAGGAUGUACGAGAUGACUUGAUUGAGCCCUUUCUCCAACUCAUGAUGGAGUAUGGGUUGUGCAUGGACUACACACCGCCCAGAUCAGCAGAGAGCAGCGACAGCAGCAGCGACAACUCUGUACAUCAUGAUGAUGAGCAGCAGCGCGAACACCAGCAGUAUCUGGUGCCUGCCAUUCUGCCGAUGGUGUUGGACACGCCAUCAGACCUGCCUUCGUCUGUGACGUUGAGCGUGUGCGCAGCACACCACGUGCACAAGUACGCUGGACAUGAGGCCAGCACGGCCUACAUCAGCUUCCGCCUGACCACACGCGCUUCCGAUGGUCAUGUGAGUGCGAAGGACAUGCAGCGAGCGUCAUUCCUUCCCGAGGGCUUGUUCACGAUGGUGUUGGCGCAUGUUCUGAGAUACAUCCAGCCCAAUACACUGUCUACUCCCUUGCUAAGCCGCACCCACGUGGUUGUGUUUGUGGGCGAAGCCGAGGUUGACUUGCAGCUUGUGCCCGCAGUUGGCGGCAUCAAGAUCCAGAUCACAAGCGAGCGACCUCGCACGCUGCUGCACGUGCUGUACGACAUCAUCACCACCGCCGCCUUACAGCGUUAUCCUGACCUCAAGGCCAACCUGUUGCUGCCAUACAACAAGAAGACAUUGCUGUUCUUUGAGGACGUGCAUCGUCACCACACGAACAAGAAGGCACUUCGUGCCGGCCGCUCUCAGCUGCUAUCGCCCGAAGACCUGAUCGCCAAGUAUGGCCCCCUCCUGCCUGUUCUCGGUCUGCAGGACAAGUACGACGCCUUCAUCAGCUACAGACAACGGGGCAACACCGGCCUGGUACUGACCCUUCAUCCGAGGUUGGAGCACCAUGGCUUGGUGGUCUUUGUGGACGCCAACAACCUCGAGGCAGGCGUCAACUUCAAGCACGCGUGCAUGGCAGCUCUUCAGCACAGCGUGGUUGCCUGCCCCGUUGUGUCUGUCGCUGCGAUCCAUCAGAUGCGCUCACUCGGCCUCACUGACGUCUGUGACAACGUGUUGUUGGAGUGGAUGGCCAUGCUGGAGUUGCUGCAGCUCGCCCACCAGCACCAAGACAAGAUCCGCCUUCGCCGCAUCGUUCCGCUCUUCGUUGGCAGCGGCUGGCACGACAGCAGCCACGCCAUGAGUGUGGCAUCGGCGGGCGAGUAUGACUCGCCCGAGUACAUGAAGCGGCUGGCGACGAAGUUGCCGGAUGUGGUGAGCACGGAGACGGCGGCAGCCCUCGACCAGUACUUUACACAGGUGCUGCACCUGCGGCCACCCCAGCAGCACAAGAGCGUGCGGGAGGUGGUGCUGUCGCUGUUUGACAUGGACGGCGUGAUGUCACUCCAUCACCACGUUGCCCGAGCAGCCGAUGCAGUGCGAAUGGCAGAGCGCGUGCGAACAGUUGUAGCGGCCGCCAAAGACGACUUUGAGGAGUGGCUUUCUUCGCUGAGCCUUUCUGCCGACGCGCGUGGCGCGCUCGCGGCCUUAGAGGUGACCAGCUUUGAGGUGUUGCGCGCGAUGAAGCAGAGGGGGUGUCUGACGGAAGAAGCGCUGACUGGCGUGCCCGUUGGUGCCGCUGCUCGCCUGAUCCAUGCCUUUGAAACUGGUACGCAGGCAUCUGCCGAGGCAUCGCUUGCUUGAGUGACCUAAUGAUUUUGUUUUUUGAAUGAUGGGUGAUGUUCUUUCCUCCCCUUGCGUGCGAUAGCUGUUAUCACUUGCACGAGUACAAUCGUUGUUGCCUGCA